UCAAAAUCUCUCCUUUUCUUUUCCCCCUUCUCUCCCAUGUGCCCCCUUUCCUUUCCUUUGUUUGCUUUUGAGGUAACUCUCUCAGUCCUCUGAAUAAAUUAACCCCCCUCCUCCCAUGCCUGCCCAUUAACCCCCCUUUCUCUCUACACUAACCCCAUCCCCCCAAGAAAUGACCAAAGAGGAUGAUUUUAAGCUACUAAAGUUUCAGACUUGUGAUCUCAGAGUCAACAUUUACUGUGAUGGGUGUAAGCAGAAAGUGAAGAAACUUCUUCACAGGAUAGAAGGGGUUUUUCAGGUUGCUAUAGGAGCAGAGGAUCAGAAGGUUACAGUUUUAGGAAGUGUAGAUUCUGCCACUUUGAUCAAUAAGCUGGUCCGAGCUGGAAAACAUGCUGAGCUUUGGUGGCAGAAAUCCGACACCAGCUCGAAACCAAAGAGCAACGACCAUAAAUCUUCUAACAAGGGACCCAAACUGACUCCACUUUACUGCCGCGAUGAUGACAUUGAUGGUUGUUUUGGUGGUGAGGAAGGAGCGUUUCAGUUCAGGGCAGCUAAUCUUGAUCUUCACAGGCAGCGAGCGACUCCCAGGAAGCCAAUAGGCCCAGGUCAGGCAGUUGCCAGAAAGAACAUCCCCUCUAGGAUGGACCAGAAAACCUUGGAACCUCUGAACAUGAACAUUCCUCAACCGUUUGGCAUGGGCAGAGGAAGUAUCAAUCCUGGGGAGCCGAGAAGAGCGAACAACAAUGACCUGAAUUCAAUGAUGAACAUGGCGGGAUUCAACGGCGGCAACCAUUUAAAUUUUGCCACAUCUUCUUCAAUUGGUGUCAAUUCAACAAACACCUCUCAAGGAGGAUACUUCAGCUACCAGCCAUCUUCAACCUCUGGAUUCCCCAUGGCAACUGGUCAGUACCAUCAUCAUCAUCAGCAGCAGCAGCAGCAGCAGCCAUUAAUGGACAUGAACAUGAACAUGGACACGAACAACAUGGUAAACAGGCAGGCAAUGAACCAGCAGCCUCAAAUGAUGUACAAUAGAGCUCAAUUGGUUCCACCAAAUACAGGGUAUUACUACAAUUACAAUUGUAGCCCUGUUUAUCCAAGUUAUCCUUGUGCAGAGGAUGGUCAUUACUACCAUGGACAAAGUAGUAACUCUGCAGCUGACAUGUUCUGUGAUGAGAACACACGCAGCAGUUGCUCAAUCAUGUAAGAAAGAAAGGGACAAAGAUGAUUGUGAUGUUAAGGUUAUUGGGGUGUUGUUUUUUCUUUGUAUGUUUUAGGUGGGGGUUGUUUUUUUGUGUUGAAGGGCUGUUUUCUUUGUUUUUUGUCUUUUGGCAGUGGCAGUGGCGUUGUAUUUUGUGGAUUGUUCUUCAAAGAUUAUGUUUUGUGAAAUUUGAAGCUGUCUCGUCGUUAGUUUUGUUGUUC